CUACCAAGCUCAGGAGCAAACAGCCUCGGCCUAUAAGGUUCCUUAGCCUGCCAAAGGCUGCCACCGGCUCAGGGAGAAGAAGAUCGAGGGCUUGACCUCUCUCCGUGUGAUGGCUCAGAACCACAUGGACAUACUGAUGCCUAAACUCCAUGAUAUCUGCCUUGCCAUUAUAAAUGAGGUGAAGAACCUUCGCUCUGCAGUGUCCUGUGCUGCCAUGGCCACACUGGGUGACAUGUACGUUCACCUCCAGAGGGCCAUGGACAGUGAGGUGGAGGGGACGGCACGCGUGCUGCUGCACAAAGCCAGCGAGGCCAACACCUUCAUCCGGCAGGGCGCCAACUUUGCCCUGGGUCACAUGGUGCAGAGCUGCACCCCUACACGUGUCAUGAAUGCCCUGCUGGUCGGUGGGCUGAGCCACCGUAACGCUGCGGUGAGGAGCUGCACUGCUCAACACCUGGAGAGACUGACUGAGGUCAUGGGGACGGCUCGUCUCCUGUCGGGGAAGAAAGACCUCACUGACCGUUUCUUGAUUGCCGUCAGUAAACUGUCUGUGGACCCGGCACAGGAAGUCAGUCAUCAUGGUCGCAAUAUCUUGAGCAACAUGGCCACCAAUGGUGACUUUCCUAAAAUGUGGGACAAAUUCGCUCCGAGGAAAGAGAGAGAAUCCUUGAGGGAGGUCAUCUCAAAGGUUAACCUCAAAGAAAGGUACAUUCUCUCUGGAUGAUUAGAAGAAGUGUGACAAAUGAGCUGAUAUGAUUACAGAAAUCCAAUCCCACUGGGCACAGACAUCAGAUCAAUGUCUAGUUUUGAUUUAAAUUUGGGAACUCAACCAAAAUGUGAAAUCAACCAAAAAUGUUUGUUAAAAGUUGGAUGAAAAAAAAGCCAAGUGUGUUUUCCAUGUUUUUUUUACCUUUAUUUAACUAGGCAAGUCAGUUAAUAACAACUAGGCUACCCUGCCGCCCCAUUCAUCAAAUAGAUUUUUGUUGUUGUUGAAAUGAGGUGCAAAUAACGUCUAUACAACCAGUUUUGGCCCAAUGGGAUACAUUUAAUAUACUGUAAGAUUUUAUCUUUCUCUCUUUUCUCUUUUUCAACAGGAAUAUCUGAAUAAUCCCCAAUUUUACGAUAAAUUUGUAUCUAAAUAUUUGCACAUUUCCCAACUUGACUAUUAUCCCCUCCAGUCCCCAAACUCCAAUAUUUUCGUUCAUUCUAAGAUAUUUGACACCCUCCUUCAAACCCCGAUGUAAAUGCAUAUUUAAACUGCAUUGACUCCUUGUCCAAGUCCUGAAUCCACUAUAAGGCAAUAUGAACCACAUUCAAAGCACUAAAUUACCUUUCCCCGAAGCUCCUAUCUGAUCUACCAGCUCAAUAGUGGUCUACUGAAACCAUAGUCACCAUCUCAGGGGGUGCUCAGAUCAUCAACCACUGACCUCCACACCAUCCUCAAAACCAGCAGUCCUCUUUUGGAGGCAGAUUGGUCAGUGCUCCUGUAUGGCACCAACAUUGUGGAUUUUCAUCCAAUACUUCUGGACUAUGAGAACAUUCUUUGGACAAUAAAAUUAGGUAAAAUGGAAGCUGGCUCCAGUCUCAGUUUUAUCCUCCAAGACAGUGUGAGGAUGUGUAACAACAAUACCUGUUUAACUUGAUGAUCAGGGCCAGAUUACCGAAUGGGCACGCAGGGCACCUGCCCUGUGGGCCCCGACCUCCAGGGAAUAUCAUCAUAAAAACUAAAAGUAUAGUGGAUGUAUAUUACAGUACGUGGACGUUUUACAAUUUGUGAGCUCAUUUCAUAUGUAGUAGCCAUGUUUUAUAUACAUUUUUGCAUAUUUUGUAGAAAUCUGUGAGCAUUUGAAAACAUUUAGUGGUGAUGUUUUAUAUCAAAUUGCUUACUGGUGCUCUUCCAUGCCGUCCCUUGGAGGGGUGUGUCACUUGAGUGGGUUGAGUCACUGACGUGAUCUUCCUGUCUGGGUUGGUGCCCCCCCUUAGGUUGUGCCGUGGUGGAGAUCUUUGUGGGCUAUACUCGGCCUUGUCUCAGGAUGGUAAGUUGGUGGUUGAAGAUAUCCCUCUAGUGGUGUGGGG